UUCGUCUUAAAUUAUCUGUGAAGAACUCGAAGGAGAAGACGACGACGGAAGCAAACAGUCUCACGGAAACACCUCUACAGUCCCAAUAUCCCCCCUUUUUCUUCGCCAUCGCCUUCGACUUCGACUUCCACCACCAUUAUCAUCGGAAGCAGCUCUCCAUCAGCAAUCGCUAGGGUUUUCUUUGUUAAUGUUAGUUCCACACUCAGUCUGACUUCCGACAAUCCCGCGGCAAUCAGAAACAUCUGAGGGUCUCUUCUGAUUCCCCUGCCUUAGUUUGCAAAGUCCGUUGCUCACCAGUUAGUUCGUAUCUCUCUAAUUGCUGUCUGGCUCGGGGAGUUCAUAGUCGUCUAAUCCGCACUUCGCCACUAGUGUAUUUGGAGUUCCGCAAUGCACCGUGUGGGUAGUGCAGGGAACACAAGCAAUUCUGUUCGUCCGCGUAAAGAGAAGAGGCUUACAUAUGUGCUGAAUGAUGCAGAUGAUACCAAGCAUUGUGCUGGUGUAAAUUGUGUGACUGUUCUCAAGUCAUCAUCUUCCAAGAGUGACUACCUCUUCACUGGGAGUCGUGAUGGCACAUUGAAGAGGUGGGCAGUAUCUGAAGAUUCUGCUAGUUGUUCUGCUACAUUUGAGUCACAUGUUGAUUGGGUGAAUGAUGCUGUCCUUGCCGGGGAGAAUACCCUUGUCUCAUGUUCUUCAGACACUACUCUCAAGACUUGGGAUAGCUUGUCUGAUGGAACUUGUACACGAACUCUUCGACAGCACUCUGACUAUGUUACAUGCCUUGCUGCCGCAGAAAGAAAUAGCAAUAUUAUUGCUUCCUGUGGCCUUGGUGGAGAGGUUUUCAUUUGGGAUAUAGAAGCUGCACUCACUCCAGUUUCAAAAGCAAGUGACACAACAGAAGAUGAGUACUCAAAUGGGGUAGGUGGUUCUGGUAAUUCGUUGCCUAUGACAAGUUUACGGCCCAUUAGCUCAAGCAACAGUAUUACUUCACAUAACACUCAGUCCCAUGGGUAUGCACCAACUGCUGCAAAAGGUCAUAAGGAGUCUGCAUAUGCGUUGGCAAUGAAUGAAACUGGAUCAGUUCUUGUAUCGGGUGGAACAGAGAAGGUUGUGCGUGUUUGGGACCCACGGAGUGGUUCAAAGACCAUGAAGCUAAGAGGUCAUACUGAUAACAUUAGAGCUUUGCUUCUAGAUUCUACUGGCAGGUUUUGCUUAUCGGGAUCUUCUGAUUCAAUGAUCAGACUAUGGGAUCUUGGUCAGCAAAGAUGUGUGCAUUCGUAUGCGGUGCAUACCGAUUCUGUUUGGACCCUGGCCAGCACCCCUACAUUUAGUCAUGUUUAUAGCGGCGGAAGAGAUCUUUCUUUGUACUUAACGGACUUGGCGACUAGGGAAAGUGUUUUGCUCUGUUCAAAGGAGCACCCCAUCAUACAAUUGGCUCUGCAUGACGAUAGUAUAUGGGCUGCAACUACCAACUCUUCAGUUGAUAGGUGGUCGGCAGAUGGACGAAAUCCUGAAAAGGUUUUUGAGAAAGGUGGUUCGUUCUUGGCUGGGAACUUGUCAUUUUCUAGGGCAAGGGUUUCUCUAGAAGGGUCUACACCAGUGCCUGUUCAUAGGGAACCCACCUUGACUAUUCCAGGAACUCCUGCAAUAGUGCAGCAUGAGAUUUUAAAUAAUAAAAGACAUGUAUUGACCAAGGACACUGCUGGUUCGGUUAAGCUAUGGGAGAUCACAAAGGGCGUGAUAGUUGAGGACUAUGGGAAGGUGGCGUUUGAUGAGAAGAAAGAGCAAUUAUUUGAGAUGGUGAGCAUUCCUUCAUGGUUCACAGUGGAUACAAGGCUUGGAUGCUUGUCAGUGCAUCUGGACACUCCACAAUGCUUUUCAGCUGAGAUGUAUUCAGCAGACCUCAGCAUUCCAGGGAAAGCUGAAGAUGAUAAGGUUAAUCUGGCCCGUGAAACCCUUAAAGGACUAUUGAUUCAUUGGUUAUCUAAGAAAAAGCAUAGAGUUGGAUCUCAAGCUUCUUCUAAUGGCGAAGUUCUUCCUGGCAAGGAUAUCACUUCUAGAAGCCUUUCCAAUUCCAGAGUUGAGGUAGAUGGCAAUGCUGAAAAUGACUCCAUAUAUCCUCCAUUUGAGUUUUCAACAGCUUCUCCGCCUUCAAUUCUUACCGAGGGCUCUCAAGGGGGUCCAUGGAGAAAGAAAACCACUGAUUUGGAUGGAAGAGAAGAUGAGAAGGAUUUUCCUUGGUGGUGCCUGGACUGUGUGCUGCAUAAUCGCUUACCUCCUAGGGAGAAUACCAAGUGUAGCUUUUAUCUGCAUCCCAGUGAAGGCAAUGCUUGCCAGAUACUCACGCAAGGCAAACUUAGUGCUCCGCGCAUAUUGAGAAUCCAUAAAGUUGUCAAUUAUGUUUUAGAGAAGAUGGUUCUAGACAAGCCACUUGACAAUUUGAAUCCCGAGGGAACGUUUGCUCCUGGACUUGGUGGAGGGCCAUUGCAACAUUCAGCACUUGGGGAUGGAUCUUUCCGCUCUGGAACAAAACCUUGGGUGAAGUCCAGGAAUACUAUAGAGAUAUUAUGCAAUAAUCAGGUCCUGUCCCCUGAAAUGAGUUUGGCCACAGUGCGAGCUUAUAUAUGGAAGAAACCUGAGGAUCUGAUCCUCAACUACAGAAUCAUCCAGGGAAAGUGACGUGAUACACAACUAAUUCCAAGCAGGUCAGCACAAUUUUAUGGAACAUAUCAAAAGUUUUUAUUCGUAGAGAGCUAGAACUAUGAUUGCUGACCAAUAGUGUGUAUUCAACACUUUUUUUUUUAUGGUAGUGUGUAUUCAACUUUCCUGCCUGAAGAACAAAGCUUAAAUUUGUAUCCUUUAUUUAUGGGAACAGGUAUCACCAGGCUUCGAGAUAAAUGAUAUUUUUUCCUUUGUGAAAAUACUUGGGAAUAUAUCUAUUCUUCUGGCUGUGGUUGCCUUGAUAACUUGAUAUUGGAAACGAGGAAGGCCAAUCAAAUUGUAAAAUCUGUGGCCAUGUCAAAACUGCCUUGAAGAUCAGGGAUGGCGUUCACUGCCAAAUUUUGAUGUCCUCUUUUUUUAUUACCUUCCUGGCCGUCAUUCAAUCUUGAGCUGUAAGGCGGGAAGGGAGUGGGUUCAGUUGUUAACGAUUACUGGGUGAUAAAAUUAUGAAUUAUGAUGUCGAAAAGCGUUGUAGGUGUUCAUUGUUGGUCCCAAAACCUAGUAGCCAUAGAAAACGGAAUUAGUGUUCAGUUUUGGUCUUUCCUUUUCCAGGUUGAAAUAAAUACAGUUAGUUCUAGUAAACAAGAACCACUGGGUCCUUUGGCACUAUUUUUCUCCUGCUUAUGAUUUUCUGGUGGGAUGUUUUGGAACAAAAACUGUGAAUGCCGAGGGCUGGAUGGAGUAUCAGUGUCCUGUGUGGAAGAGAUGAAGGUAUGGAAGAGCUUCUUCGGUGCAAUGAGCUUCGAUAAUCUUAUUAUACUUGAAUCUUACCUUCUUCCCCCCCCCCCCCUGGUUUCCUUACCCAAGUUUGAUUCAUAUUCGUACGUGAUGUAGUUCGAAGUUCAAUGAUGCAGUUGUUUGCAAAUACUGUGUUGGUGUUGAAUUGUCAGUUGGUGGUUGUAAGGUUGUUAACUGGUCUAGUUAUCCCAAUUCCCAAGCUUCAGGUCUAUAGGGUGCUUACUUACUGCUCAAAGGAUUUACCGAAACACGACACUGUAUAUGCGAGAUAGUUGUUUCAUGUUCUUGUUACUGUGGGGAACUCUAGUGUGCAAAACCUUUUCCCUGACUAUGAACUCUCUCUAUACAGAGAUUUCUUCCAGUUUGAGAAAGGAAAUAAUGAGUUUGUGACGAUUGGUAAGCAGCGCAUAUGGCUGGCCAUGUG